AUGCGAUUUCUCCUAGUACUGAUCUUAGUCAAUUUAUCAUCAAGCACUGAACAUUGGUUUGUCUUUGAUCGAUAUCAAUUUCCGGGAUUCUAUACCUCAUUAUUUACACUUCUUUCCUCGCCAGUCAAUCAGACAAAUCUCUCAUUUGCUCUCUCGUCGUAUCAACACUCGAUUAUUAUACAGGUUAAUCAAAACAAGCAAACAAUUCAGUUAAACAUCGAACGAGCUGAUCUUUUGUCGAACACAUUCAAUCAUUUAAUAUUUCUUGCUGUUCGUCAAUCCAUGAAAUUUGAAAGUUAUGUCAAUUGCAAACUAAUGGACUCAUAUUUGCUCUACUCAACCGAUUUCAUUGACCAAAAGUUAACAUUCGAAGUUCACGAUCUCGCGGAAGGAAUUCAACACAUUCAAUCAGCAACAGAAGAAGAUUAUCAACGAGACAUAUUCAAAAAAUUUAGUUGUCGUAUGCUGAAUACCGAUAAUAAAACAAAUGUAAUUGGAAAACCAUUGAUUCGAAAGAUACAACAAGUGAUCGAAAAAGUUCAACAACAACCACGACGCCAUUCCAAUCCAAAUGCAUCACUUCAGCUAUCUACAGAUUCGUUGACUAUCGUUUACAAACCAGAUAUCACUUCUAAAGAGAAUAAUGAUACGAAUUUCCAGACGAUUCUUUAUGCACCACAAUUUCAAUUCUUUAUUCGAUAUUUUCCUAAAGAACGUCUCUUUCACAUCCGUUUCGAUAACAAGAAUCGGACACAAUUUCUUCUCUACGUGGAUAAAUCAGCCGAUCUUCUGCGCUCCGAUGGCGCAUCGCAGGAUGUAUCAUCGACAACGAUGAUUUUCUUACGCAUAACACCCCGGCGAAUCACAUGCUAUGUAAAUUGUGAAUUAACCGAUCAAGAAUUCAUUCUCGAUACAUUCUACGUACGAAAUAUCCUUCGACAGUUAAUGACAAAGACAAUCAGCUAUCAACAAUACGAUCAACAAUCGACUUUGAUUCUCUUCAAUAAAACAAUGAAUGACAUAGCAACGAUGUUUUCGUGUUCGAAAUUAGACGAGAAACAAGACGAUUCCUUACCAGGCAAAUAUGCAUUACGGAAGUUUGUCAAUGCCCUAGACGUGCUCGUCAAUAAUCUUGAAACUUCUCUGCUAACAAACAAUCAAACAAUUCUAAUAACAACUACAACAACGCCAAGUCAGAAUGUAUCAGCCAUCGACAUUCAUUCGAUCAAUGGUUUCGGUAGUCUUAAACUGCCGUUAUCGAAUACCGUACCAAACGAUGUUCAACUGUAUGGCAAAUCAUGUUUAACAGAUGACGAUUGUAAUUUAAAUAACGCCUCAUUAAAAUGUCGAAAUGAUCGUUGUACAUGUGCGAUACGUUGGUUUUGGUCGACAAAUUCCUCUCGUUGUCUCUCAUGUAAAGACUUAUCAAUCGGUAGUCGUUGUUUUCGUUUGUCAAAUCACAAAUCCUCAUGGAUGGAAACGAUUGAUUUCUGUCGAGAUGACAAUUCUCUCGAUGGACCUUCGGAUUAUUCCAUGAAAUUAGUAUCCAAUCUUAAUCUAACUGACAUCGAAUUACUGAAAACUAGUCUGAUCGAAGAAGACGAUGGUGAACAAUUGGAUUAUUUCUACUGGAUUGGCUUAACAAAUCAAAUCGAUAUGCCAAAACAACGUGUUGCAUCCACGCCAAAGGACUUCUAUUGGUUCGAUACUGGCAAAGUCGCCCAAGUGAACAAAUCCGAUCUUUGGUGUUCGCAAAGAGAGGAGACUAGCAACGAGACGAAUCGCAUUUGUGUAACACUCACAUCAUGUGGUUUAUACGCCGACGAUUGUCAACGAAACUAUCGAUUCUUGUGUGAAGCAAUUUAG